CUCCACUCUCGCCGCUCCUUCUCUCCCUUCUCCCACUCGCUCCUGCACUCGCCGAUCGCACUCCCAACGCCCUCUCGUCGCCAUUGGCAUCGGCCUGGCGCGUCCACCUCGCCUCUCCGUCGCGUGCACUCGCACCGCCCAGCUGGCUGUGCCGCAUCCGGACCACUCUGCGCCGCUCCACCACCCUCGCUCCUGGCCUUCGCCGCCCGUCGCCCUCGUCGCACCGCUCUUCUGCUCGCCAGCUGCUCUCCAGUAGCCUAGCCGCGCCAGCACUCCGCUCUCAGCUCGUUCUGCUGCGCCUGUCUCCCUUGUCCCCCGUUUCCCUUUCGCGCGCACGCCCAGCAUGCAGGCGGCCUUUCUGCGCGAGUACAAGCUCGUCGUUGUCGGCGGCGGAGGUGUCGGCAAGUCGGCCCUCACGAUCCAGUUCAUCCAGAGUCACUUCGUCGAUGAGUACGACCCGACGAUCGAGGACUCGUACCGCAAGCAGUGCGUGAUCGACGAGGAGGUUGCACUGCUGGAUGUGCUGGACACGGCCGGCCAGGAGGAGUACAGCGCCAUGCGGGAGCAGUACAUGCGGACGGGCGAGGGCUUCCUGCUCGUGUACAGCAUCACGUCGCGCAACUCGUUCGACGAGAUCUCGACGUUCCACCAGCAGAUCCUGCGCGUGAAGGACAAGGACUACUUCCCCGUCAUUGUCGUCGCGAACAAGUGCGACCUCGAGUACGAGCGGCAAGUGGGCAGCCACGAGGGCCGCGAGCUGGCCAAGCACUUUGGCUGCCGCUUCAUCGAGACGUCGGCCAAGCAACGCAUCAACGUCGACGAGGCCUUCUCGAACCUCGUGCGCGAGAUCCGGCGCUACAACAAGGAGCAGACGAUGGGCCGUCCGGGCGUCGCAGGACCGGGCGGUGCCGGCGGGCCGGGCAUGGAGCGCUUCCAGCAGGAGGGCGCAACGAAGAAGGACGGCUGCUGCGCCUGCUGCGUGGUCCUGUGAGGGAGCCCACUGCACACACGCUCGCCUAUCCCCUCGUCGCUGCUGUGUGCAUCUUGUCACGCACGCUGCGACACCUCAUGCCCACCUUUCAUCUUCCGCGCCGCUCCACCGCAGCGCGCCUUCUUUGUGCCCCUUCCUUCUUUUGUUGCGCCCACCCCAGCACAAGGCCCUCUUUCCCGUCACUCUCUUACCCGGCAAUCCCACUGCCACGUUCACACACACAUGAGC